AUGACUAACGACUUCGAAGAACCUUUCUUUGCUGAUGAACAAACUCAAACUUUGGAUCCAAAUAUCUCUACUAAAUUGCCUUCACCUUUCGAUAAUUUAAAAAUAUCUUCUACUGAAAUACUUGAAAAAAUCACUGAAAGAACUCCUUGUCCAAAAUGUGAUAAACCAGUUAAAUACUUUUGUUACUGGUGUUAUAUAUUUGUUGGCUGUGAUAGUAAAGAAAUUCCAAGAGUGAAACUACCAAUUAAAAUUGAUGUGUGGGAUUUUACAUUUUUUAUUAUUAAAUUCUUGGGUCAAAAAGUAUUAUUAGUUUGUGGUGAGAUUUCAUGUUUCGAGCUGAUUAAGCAUAAUAAAGAAUUAGAUGGUAAAUCAACAGUAGCUCACGCCAAAGUAAUUGCGCCUGAUGAUGUUGAAAUUAUUUCUUAUUUACAAAUGCCUAAAAUUAAAGAUCCGGAUCGAGUUUUAUUACUUUAUCCUAGUCCGGAUUCCAAAACAUUACAAGAAAUACCAAGAUCUUCGUUCGAUAAACUUUUAAUUGUAGAUGGUACAUGGAGACAAGCUUCAAAUAUGGCAAAGACUAAUCCUGAAUUAAAAAAUAUUCGUAAAGUUACUAUAAAGCCACAAAAAACAUUAUUCUGGAGAUAUCAAAAUAAGGAUGAAAAUCAUUUAUCAACAAUUGAAGCUCUUUACUAUUUUUUAAAAGAAUAUAAUGAAAUUUAUGAAAUUCCUGAAGAAACAAUUAAUUCAGACAAUAAUGAAUAUGAUGGAAGAUACGAUAAUUUAUUAUGGUAUUUUAAAUAUUUUUAUGAAUUUAUUCAAGCCACUUAUAGGCGACAAAAAGGAAAAAAAAAUUUUACUACUAGACAACGUGAAGGUUAUAUUCGAUAUGAGUAA